CAGCAGCAGCAGUGGUGCAGACCCUGUGCAUGGCCUUGGAUGCCAUUAUCGCCAUGCUCUGCAUCAAGUAGCCUAUGGAGGUCAACUCCAAUGUUUCCAGCCUAUUGCUGCCACAUACAAACAUGCCUCCCCCCUCUGCCUCCUCUCCCCCUCCUCCUCCAAACGUGUGCAGAUUGAGGAAUGAGCCUUUGCGGCUGUCAUUACAUAUCAUUACACGACGAGGAUGGAGCCGCUGUGACGCUUUAAAUCAAAUAUUCCAACAGUGGUUCACAAAUUUCUCAGAUUUUUUUCUUCCGCUCUCUUGCUGAGCUAUAGGGUAAGGAGGCUGGAGAGGAGUUUCCUCCGCAGCCCGGGAGCCAAUGAAGUCUCUUGCAUGCGCUCACAUGCGUUUUCUCCGGACAGGUUUUAAUGACUGAUAUUAUGUAUGGUAAUUUCUUAGCUGGAUCACAUGACACAAUUACCUCAAGAAUCGAUCAAGAUGUAUUGCAGGUCUGCCUACGUUUCCGAUUUUUUCUCCCUGGCGGUGUCUUUCCACGCGGCCGUGGUGCUGCUGGUAGUGGUGCUACAGAUGGACAAAGUUUAACACAGUCGAGCCGCCAGUUCCUCUCCUCCCUUGCAAAGAGGGAAAGGGAAGAAAAGAUAUGACGGAAUACGAUGAUCGCAGCUGCGCGUCAAAUAUGUAUUUGCCGAGCUGUACUUAUUACGUUUCGACGCCCGAUUUCACCUCAGUCUCCUCGUUUUUACCGCAGACCACUUCGUGCCAGGUCAAUUUCCCUUACUCUCCCAACAUAGCACAGGUCCAACCUGUGCGGGAGGUCGCUUUCAGGGACUAUGGACUGGACCAUCCCAGCAAAUGGCACUACAGGGGCAAUUACGCGUCUUACUACUCUACGGACGAGAUCAUGCACCGGGACUUGAUCCAGUCCUCCAGCAGCAGGGCGGAAGUCAUUUUCAAAAACGAGUCCUUGUACGGCCACCACCACGCUGGGACCAGCUCGCCCUGCAAUUUCUUCACCAGUGUGGGCCGAAACGGGGUUCUGCCCCAAGCCUUCGACCAGUUUCUUGACACUCCUAACACGGACAAGCUGAGCGCGGAGGUGGCCAAACAAAAGACGGACUGUGCUGCCGCUAGUUCUGCGGCCGAAGGUGGAGAUACUGCCGGUGUCGGUGCAGAGAACCAGGCUUUGACCAAACUGGAGCCGGAGCACAAAGCGGAUCCGACGGGCAGCGUGGACGAGGACUCAUCCUCCUCCAACUGCGGCGACAAGAACAGCCAACAGACUCCGUCCACCAAGUCCAGGAAGAAGAGAUGCCCUUACACCAAAUACCAGAUCCGAGAACUUGAACGAGAGUUUUUCUUCAACGUGUAUAUCAACAAAGAGAAGAGGCUGCAGCUCUCCAGGAUGUUGAACCUGUCGGACCGUCAGGUGAAGAUUUGGUUUCAGAACAGAAGAAUGAAGGAGAAAAAGCUGAACCGAGACCGUCUACAGUAUUUCACCGGGAAUCCUUUAUUCUGAUAUUCUGACACACACACACACACACAUACAGACACACACACACACACACACACACACACACAAAGACUAUUCCUCUUCUGUAUAUUUGAAUUAUACCGAUUUCCCUUUCAGAAAUCUCACCUUGACAACACAGUAAAUUCCAGACUCCUACGGUGAUUUCCAUUCUGAGUUUAUUUAUUUUUUUCGCUUCACCUAUUCGCGCUUUUAGCGCCACCAAAAAUGUUUCUCCCGCAGAGCGUCAGCGGCCCCUUUGGAACUAUUUAAAAUAAACUCUCUGUAGGAAUUGUCUUUCUCCAUGUGUAUACUGUAAUGUGCAUUUAUAACAGACGCAUGUCAUGUACGUUGUGGUGUGAAAUAAAGUAGAGACGACAAAUAAUGUACUAUAGUGACACGAAGCCAAGUGUGCGG